UUUAAUGCACCAAACUAACAGUGACGACAAAGUAAAGUCACGUUCACGAAAUAUAUAAUCAUAUGUGAGAAGAAGCUAAAAAGGAAAUGUAAUGUUGCAGUUGGUCAAUCAACUCUUCACAUGUCUACAUUCUCUCCAUAUCGUAUUGUCACGGGUUCGACAAAACUUUUUCUUCUUCUCUUUUGUUGUACCCAUAAUUUCACCCAUUAUCCAGCGUUGCAGUAGAGGGCUUCAAAAUGCCAUCUCAGGGAGUGAAGUUAUAUGUCCAAGAUAAACAUGUGGUCUUGGAUAAUGGUAUACUGCAGGUCACAAUAUCUAAUCCAGAUGGCAUUGUCACUGCUAUUCAAUAUAAUGGCAUUGACAAUUUGCUUGCUGUUGAAAACCAGGAAGCUGAUAGAGGGUAUUGGGACCUCGUCUGGAAUCUAGCAGGAAGCAAAGGAACAAAGGGUAAAUUUGACAGGAUUGAAGCAACGAGUUUUGAAGUAAUAGUGGAAAAUGAGGAUCAGGUGGAGCUUUCAUUUACUAGAACAUGGAAUCCUUCCCUUGAAGGCAAAGUCGUUCCCUUGAACAUCGAGAAGAGGUUUAUAAUGCUUCGUAAUUCCUCAGGAUUCUACACCUAUGCAAUUUACGAGCACUUGAAGGAAUGGCCUGCUUUCAACCUUGACAGGUUCAGGGUUGCAUUCAAGUUGAGGAAAGACAAGUUUCAUUACAUGGCAAUGGCAGACAACAGACAAAGAUACAUGCCCUUGCCUGAUGACCGUUUACCUUACAGAAGCCAAACCUUGGCUUAUCCAGAGGCUGUCCUACUGGUUGAUCCAAUGGAAACUGAGUUUAGAGGAGAGGUUGAUGACAAGUACCAGUAUUCAUGCGAGAACAAGGACAACAGGGUCCAUGGAUGGAUUUGCAAUGACCCGCCGGUGGGGUUCUGGCAAAUAACUCCUAGUGAUGAGUUUCGAUCUGCCGGGCCUCACAAGCAAAACCUUACCUCUCACGUCGGCCCGACCACCCUUGCCGUUAUGCACAGUGUUCAUUAUUCAGGAGAGGAUUUGAUAUUGAAAUUUGGAAGUAAUGAGGCUUGGAAGAAAGUCUUUGGCCCCAUUUUUAUUUAUCUUAAUUCUUUGUCGGAUGCUGGAGGUAACCCACUUUCACUUUGGGAAGAUGCUAAACAACAGAUGAGAAUUGAAGUUCAAGACUGGCCCUAUACUUUCCCUGCUUCUCAAGACUUUCCACAAUCCCAUCAAAGGGGCAAUGUCAGUGGUAGAUUACUAGUGAAAGACAGAUAUGUUUGCAAAGACUACAUACCUGCCAAUGGUGCCUAUGUGGGGUUAGCACCCCCUGGAGAUGUUGGAUCUUGGCAGAGUGAAGUCAAGGGCUAUCAAUUCUGGACUAGAGCUGAUGAAGAUGGCUAUUUCUGCAUUAACAAUAUUUGGACCGGUGACUAUAAUCUAUAUGCAUGGGUUCCUGGUUUCAUUGGUGAUUAUAAAUAUGAUGUUAUCAUCACCCCUAGCGCAGGGUAUGAUAUAUUCAUGGGUGAUCUUGUAUAUGAACCGCCAAGAGAUGGCCCUACAUUGUGGGAAAUUGGAGUCCCGGAUCGCACUGCUGCAGAAUUCUACGUUCCUGAUCCGAGUCCGAUGUUUGUCAACAGGUUAUAUGUUAACCAUCCUGACAGAUUUAGGCAGUAUGGGUUAUGGGAAAGAUAUGCAGAUUUAUAUCCUGAUAGAGAUUUGGUUUACACAGUUGGGGUUAGUGACUAUACAAAAGACUGGUUUUUUGCUCAGGUCACCAGAAAGAAUGAUGACAACACAUAUCAAGGAACUACAUGGCAAAUCAAAUUCAAACUAGAUUGUGCUGCAAAUGAAACCGAAACAUACAAACUACGAUUGGCAUUGGCUACUGCACAUGCUGCUGAACUUCAGGUAAGGGUCAAUGAUGAUGGAAAGUCUCCUCUAUUUUCAAGUGGACAAAUUGGUAAAGACAACACAAUAGCCAGACAUGGUAUCCAUGGGCUUUACCGGCUUUACCAUGUCGGUAUUCCGGGGAAUCUGCUUCUUGAAGGAGAUAACACCAUAUUUCUAACUCAACCGAAAAGCACCAGCCCUUUCCAAGGAAUUAUGUAUGACUAUAUUCGAUUAGAAGGCCCUGCAUCUUCUAAUGGAAACAAGAAACCUUAAAAUAUUUCAGAUCUCCACAAAAUUGAAGCUAGAAACAGGUUUGAACAAGUUUCUGUCAAAGAAGCAUAUCCUGUUUCAUAUUGAUUAAACCGUAUCUCUGUAGUUGAUUUAUGUACAACAUCAAAAUCCCAUGGAUUCAACAAAAUGGAGACUAGGAGAACUCUUGAGGGGAAUACCCAUAUAUUUGGAUUUGGAUUUCAAUAAUUAUGUAAAUGAUAAGAAUAAAAUGCAUAUAUUACAGUCAAA